AUGGCUUUCCUCCUCCAUUGUCUCUUGCUCCUGGUGGUAGUUCUGGUCCUAUUACCUGUGCCCUGCAUCGGAUGUCCAUCUGGCUGCCGGUGCUACAGCCUGACAGUGGAGUGCGGCUCCAUCGGACUCAAAGAGAUACCACGGGGCAUUGCUCAUAGCACACAGACUAUCUUCCUGCAGGAUAAUGCCAUUGGUCAGAUCCGGGCAGACGACCUGUCUGGUUUGGGUCACCUGCACUAUCUGUACCUACAGAAUAACAGCAUCUCAGCUUUGGAGGCAAGUGCCUUCGUGAGUCUGGGCCAACUGCUAGAGCUUGCGCUCAAUGGUAACCGCCUCCAUCUGAUUUCCGCUGAUGCCUUUCGUGGUCUGGAGCACCUGCGCAUCCUCUACCUGGCAGGGAACCACAUCAACCGGCUGGAGGAUUACACCUUCCGUGGAUUGCAGCGUCUGCAAGAGCUGCACCUGCAGGAGAACGCAAUGGAAGUGUUAGAUGAGCAGGCUCUGAUGAGCCUGUCUUCUCUGGCUCUGCUUGACCUCAGCAAGAAUAAUCUGCGUACCUUAAGCGCUGUCGCGCUCAGGCCUCUCAUCAGCCUGCAGGUGCUGCGCAUCACAGAUAACCCAUGGCGUUGUGACUGUGCUCUUCACUGGCUUCGCGACUGGAUAAACACCGAGGGCCAGCGGUUGCUGAGCUCAGCUGAGCGCAGACUGCUGUGCUAUGAGCCGCCACGCCUCUCGCACCUUAGUCUAGUAGAGGUUCCAUCUAAUAGCCUGGUGUGUAUCCCACCUACUGUGCAGCUUGAGCCAAGGGAACUAAGUGUACGUUUGGGUGAGAGCAUCCGUGUGUCUUGCCAGGCCUCAGGUUACCCGCAGCCUCAGGUCACCUGGAGGAAGGUGUCCUACGGGAGGGCUCAGCUAUCACCACGAGGUCUGGUACAAGAGGAAGGUAUAGAUGGGGACAGCAGGAAGCCAGUGACAGCCAAGCCUGGGGGUAAUGGAGGCAAUGUGGGAAACCGUGGACCAACAGAUGAUGGUGGAGAUAGGGAGCGCUUCGAUCAAGACACAGGCAGUGGAAUGCUGUUUCUGAGUAAUGUUACAGUGGCACAUGCAGGACGCUACGAGUGUGAGGCUUGGAAUCCUGGAGGGGUAGCACGUGUUACCUUCCACCUCGCUGUCAAUGUUUCAUCUUCAACUUUGUCAUCAUCCUGGCCUCGCCUGCACCCCUUGUCACCCUCUUCGAACCACCGCCCAUCUUUAGGGGAUGUCAAUCAGGAGCCGCUGUAUGAGCUUGAGAGUAUGGACUUCAGUGCCCUGGGCACAGCCACGCAAACAGCCAUUGCUGUGGGUAUCUCACUCCUGGCGCUAACUGCCCUGUUGCUGCUGUGCAUGAUCUACAGCCGCCACCGGCAGCGCCAGAAAGAGGACAGUACUUAUGGCAAGGAGGAGAGCAUCCUAUAUGUCAAUGACUACUCUGAUGGACCCACUACAUUUGCACAGCUUGAGGAGUACCGGGAUGAGCGUGGCCAUGAGAUGUAUGUGUUAAACCGGGCCAAGCCUGUGCUGCCUCCACCACCCACCUCCAGCCACCUCCAGCCUAGAGAAGUGCUCCAGGGCCAAGGCACUCUGACAUCUACCAUUGGACUACGCAGAGCUCCAGCAGAGGGCAUAGAAGGUCCACCACCAGACCCAGAGGGACUAUUUAUAAACCAGAGUCUGCUUUUUGACACACAGAUCGCGUAUGAGAUCCACUGCUGA